AUGGCAUCGGGAGCGACCGCUCGACCGGACUAUGUCCAACUCGAGACGCAUUACAACGGCAUAUACGUGUGCGUACUUGAACUGGACUCUGCAUGAAUUCAGGAAUCUCUGCCGCGGCGCUUGACUGGAGACGGCCGCCUGUUUCAGCUGGCGGGGCGGGGAGGCAAUUAAUUUGACCCGUGCGGGGGUGACCACGAGCAAUGACGAUGGAGCGUGACGCCGACUUCGAGACCCACCGGAACUUUCUCGAAACCAUCCCGUCCGAUCUCAUGUACACCGUGCCAUCAUGGACACCUCGUAGCAGACCAAGCUCACCUGCUCGUCUGGUUCACAGGUUCGUGGCUUACGUGAUUGCCGUGGUCGGCGCCUGGACGACGUUGGAGCUUCUUCUGAGACGAACCGGUGGUUCCGCGAAAUGGAAUGCCGUCCUUCUUGUCGGUGCAGGCGUUUCAUUCGGAUCCACAGCGACAUGGGGUAUGCACUUUGUAAGUUGCACCACAGAAUUGGUGAUGGGGUCGCUGCUGCGCAAGCGAGCGCAGGAACACCGAGACGAAUCUCGGAGAUGGGGCUCGCUCUCUUCCUCAUCAGGUUUCUCGCGAACGGGCGGAACUGUGCGGACUUGUACUGAUCGCUAUCACUGCAUUGUGUUGAUUCCUUUUACUCUUAACAGGUGGGUAAUCAAGCGGUUACAUUGCACUACCCUCCGCCUUCGAGCGAGCCGCCGAGGCCUCUCUCGUACAAUGUCGGCUACACCUUGCUAUCGCUGGUCGUGGCAUGCCUGUCGAUGGUGAUCGCAUUCUCUUUCAUCGGUCUGCGCCUCGAUGGACGUCGCAAGAACCGAAGUGGCAGCGACGUCGGACAGACUGAUGAAGAAUACGAGUACGUUCUCGGGACCCCCGAGCUCGAGCUCGAGGUUUCAAAAUCAAGAAUAUCCCGAGGGGACGACAAGGCACGUAGUGAGCCGCCAGAGAGGGCCACCGCAGGGCUCCCGGGUGGAGCCGAAACAGCUCACCCAUCCGACACGACCCCUAAGCACGGCGUGUCCAAGCUGUCACACAUCUCCUUACCGGGUCGGACAAAGGGACGAGGCUCCAGGAAGCAGUCGAACAAGAAUUUGGACGAGGAGGAAGACGACGGAGAGUUCGGUGUCGUGCCCGCUUCAGUCUCUGUUGUUGGAGUGGCCAAGAUCCUUGGUGCGGGAUGUAUUUGUGGUGGUGGGAUCGCCGCGAUGCGUGAGUUUUUCGUCUUCCUCGACGAUUCUUCUGCCCAGCCUUGCGAGUACAAAGUUUGACUUUCGAGUUUUCACUCCAUAGAUUACGUCGGCCAGCUCGCUAUUAAUAGGUUUGUGCAUGGCGACUUCUUUGGAAAUUCCUUGGGAAUGACAGGCUGAAAGGCGUCGACGUUGCUCACAGUGUGCCUCGGGUUACCAACACCCCGUAUCUCAUCUUCCUUUCCAUCCUGAUUGCCAUGGUCGCCGUCUCGGUUGGACUGUUCUUGCUGUUUGUCGUACUCCGGCCCAAACUGGAACAUCGGUGGUACAAGCGUGCCGGCAUCGCCAUGAUUCUCGCCGUUGGCACAACCUUAAUGCAUUUCGGUGAGCUGGGCGCAAUCUACUCAAAAUCCGGCCUGAAUGUCAGCAUGUACUUACACCAGAGAAUCCACAUUCCUUCAGUCGCUCUUCUUGGCACACAGUAUUACGCCAUUCAGGGUUUGACGUCGAAACCAGCGACCACUUCACGGAAUUUGAUUCGUAAGUCCACCAACCGUGCCUGCGUUUCUGCCCCGAGGUUUCCCAUUCAGUAUUGACCCACCAUCACCUCAUCUGUGUGCUUGUAUAGUUGCCCUCGUCUCGGUCGUCGCACCCGUAUGCUGUCUCUCCCUGUUGGUCUUUGCCGUCAUCGGCCAGCAGCGAUUGCUUCGACGAAUGGCUGCCCGUCAACGCAUCGUCGUCGCUACCGCCGUCUGGGACGGCCACGGUCGCCUUUUGGUGCGCGAGGCAGACGGCCUCCUCCCUUCUUCCACUCUGUUUCCCAAGGCCGAAAAGUCGAAACCGACGGGCUUUCUCGAGUGGCUUGGCUUGCGCAAUCGAUUGUCCCUCGAGUCGUCCAACAAGAAGCUCGGACGUUUCGACCACGCCUUUGUCGCCCUCUUGCGUGCCUCGUGGGCCUGGAAGGAGCAAUCGCUCGCAACGGUCACACGAGUUGGUUCCGAGGUUGGUGCAACUCAUGGUGCGCGAAGAGGUUCGACCACCUCUAGCCAAGCCGACGUUCAUGCUCGAGACUACGGCGCGAGGGAAUUUGUCGCACAAGCUGCCUCGGCGCCGCUUGGCCGUCCUUCGUUGCCGGUCGACCUGGAAACCGAUGAUCAGGACGAGGGGCACUACGGUCUGAAGAGCCAGGAAGGUGGUUUCGAUGAUGAUGCAUACCAUCGUAUGCGUAGCGCCGUUUUGGGGUUCGAAGUAGCGGGGCGAGAGAUUGCGACCGAGCUCGUUGGCUCGCCCGUGCUGUCCGCCAACGGCGUCUUGUUUGAUCAGAUUCUCAACACGUGAGUUGCCAAGUUCUCGACUCAUGGGCGAGUUUUCUUUUGCUGACGUUCCGCUUCGUUGCUGUAGAGGUCACUUUGAGGUCUCAUCACGCGACUCGGGCGACAGAUUUACCGUCACCCAAGGUCAACUGUUGAUGUUGACGCGCCGGAUACGGUCGAGGGCCGAGCGGGAUGCGCUCUUGGCCAGGAGCUACACGUUCGUCGAACCCGCGGCAGCGGCCCGAGUGACAGCGACGGCGUUCGCAGUGCCGACCGACCGAGUUUACGACCACUUCCGUGACGCCCAUCGCUUUGCCCGUUUCAUGAGUCCAAGGCGAUACACCCGCGGCCGGCUCUAUGGAGCGGCAUUGGUCGUUCAGGUGCGUUGAUUUGCACGUGUUUGACAUGCAGCGUGAAGCGAUUACUGAUUGGAUGCUAGCACAACGUACUCCCGCACAGGCCUUGCCGGGAGAAGGUCUACAGCUCGUCGUUGACGAGAAGCAACACCAUUCACUCCCGAUGGUUGAGCUGGCCUCGCUUGUUCGAUCGAGUGGGGAGAGGGUGUGGAAACAGCAUACUUCGCUGCCUCUGGCGACCCUCGAUGGGAUGCUUGAGACGGUGAGGCAGCUCCAAGGGCGUACAUUGCUCGAGCUCGUUCAAUCCACGACACCGUUCACGCCCGAGUCGGCGCAAAUCCAUUCUCUACUGGUCCAUAUGCUGCGCCCCUUCCUCGACCGCGUCUUCUCCUCCGAAUGCAUGGAUUUUCUCUUGCCGCGCCUUGUCGUCAUUCCCACUCUGAUCCCCUUAACAACUCACCAAGGACCGAUUUACGGCGCGGACGGGUUGACCGCGGAUGCCUACCUCGUCUGCCUCAAGGCCGUCGUCCCAUCGGCCGUAAAUCUCGCUAAGGCGCCGCUGAACUGGAUCCCGUACUCUCUUCACAAGGCUCAAAAUGACUGCAUCGCUCGCUACGAGCGACAACGUCGAGCCAAGUCGAAUCUUGCUGCAGAAACGACGCAGCACGAUUCGUCCUCGACAGCUGGCUCGGGUUCGGCUUCGGGUUCGGUCGAAUCGCCAUCAAGGGGGCAUAUCAACCAAGGUUUCUCCAAUGUCACGACCGUAUUGAGAAAGGCGGAUGCGUCAAACCCGGCCAGGCGGGAAUCGAUUCACAGUCAUACGAGCGAUUAUGGCGAUACGACCGAUUUCGAUGAGGAAGCCGGAGAAGACGUGGCUGACGAAGCGCUCGAGCGUCAGCUCUUGGGUUUGCCGGCUUUCAACGCCAAUUUUGUCGAGGACUUGAUCCGAGGCGGGACGGUAUCGAACAAUUUGGCUUUACCGAUCGAGCAGCUUCGUCAGAGCAGUAAGCGGAAAUUGUGA